ACGUCGGCAACGUUAUUUCAUGUUCAUGGAAGAUAGAACGAGUAUAAUGUUGGUGACAGUUCGUUAUUUUGUCAUUAGAACAAUUCAAUUGGAAUUCAUUUCUUCACAAUGAUAAUGUAAUAUUUUACAGCUGUUUAGCAGUGUGUGUUUAAUGUAGGUUAAGUGAUGUAUAUCUGAGAAAAAAAGAAGAUAAUAGUAAAGAUGUUUCAUCGGCCCCAUAAUUUUAUAAAUUUUAUUCGAAACGUAACAUGCCGGUACCAUACCGAUCAAUUGUGCAUAUUCCAAAUUGGAUUAGUUAGAAGACAUGCCAGCAUUUUAAUAGUACCCAAGUAUGGUAUACAAUAUAAAGUACAUACUUUUUCGAAUUCUCAAAAAGUUUUUGCUAACAGAAAGGUAGGCAGGCACAGUGAUUGCAAAUGGACUUGCAUGACAAGAUUUCUAUCUGAUGAUGCAAAGUUUAAAGAUAAGCCUGAAAUAAAACUAGCUGAGGAAGUUCAACAGAAAAUAAUAGAAUUAAAUGAAGAAAAGCUAGGUAAAUUAAAAGAGAGAGUAUUAGAUAUAGAACCAAUUACUUCUGAUGAGAAAAAGGAAGGACAGACAGCAAAACUUGUUGAAAAACAGUCUGCAGAAUUCAAGGAAUCAUCAAAAGAUGAUGUUACCUCGAAAAAAGCAAAAAAGAAAGUCAGAGUUGAUAAGUCGACGUCUUCUUUGGAACGUAAUUUUAUUACACCUGUGAGGGCUAUGGCAGAUUUUCUAUUAAAGCCUACUGAUUUGGAAACCUUGCCAAAAACCAAAAGACGUUCUCCGUAUGAACUUGAACCACCUAUCACAGUCUAUUGGAGGAAAGAUGUCGAGGCUAAAGCUUUAGAAGUCUGGGGAUCCAGAGAAGCUUUGUUAAAAGAACUUUUGAAGAAAGAAGUUGAACGGAAGAUCUACCAGCAAAAUGUUUUUACGGUCAAACGGAGAUUGAGGGAUUACAGACGGGAAAUCGGGAAUAAAACGGAAAUAAUUCAGAAGGAAGGUCUUUUUGGAAGAUCUGGCAAAGUAGUGUUGACUGCAAUUGCUAUAAAUGCUAGUAAUUUUUUGUGCAAGUUAAUUGCUUGGUUAUACACUGGCUCGCACAGUAUGUUUUCCGAGUGUGUACAUUCUGCAGCAGAUACUUGUAAUCAAUUGAUUCUAGCAUACGGCAUUCAUAAAUCGGUGCAGAAUCCUAAUCCUGAUCACCCAUAUGGUUAUACAAACAUGAAGUACGUUUCCUCAUUGAUAUCGGGUGUGGGAAUCUUUUGUGUCGGUACGGGUCUUUCCCUCUAUCAUGGAAUUCAUGGACUGCUUUUUCCUGCGCCAUUAGAUACUCUCUUCUGGGCAUAUUUUGUUUUGGGUGGAUCCUUGCUAUCUGAAGGGGCGACUUUAAUGAUAGCAUUACACUCUAUAAAGAGAGGCGCAGAAGAAAAAAAGGAAAGUCUUAAACAGUUUGUUCUAGAAGGACAAGAUCCGUCCGUGAACGUUGUGCUCAUGGAAGACUUUGCAGCUGUACUUGGAGUCAUUGUCGCAGCUGGAUGUAUGGGCUUGACCUCAUAUUUAGAAAAUCCAAUGUUUGACGCUAUCGGUUCGCUUCUGGUUGGUGGUCUGCUCGGUGGAGUGGCGUCUUUUAUAAUCUACUCGAACGUUGCUGCACUUGUAGGAAGGAGUAUAUCGCAAGAGAAUCUCGAUAAAAUUAACGCUGAACUAGAAGCAGAUAUAAUGAUUCGUGCGAUUCAUGAUGUGAAAGGCAUUGACAUGGGUAAUAAUUUAGUGAGAUAUAAAGCCGAACUGGAUUUUGAUGGACGAGAACUUACAAGAUCUUAUCUAGAUAAACAUGAUCUUAUUGCAAUGUUGGAGGAAGUGAAAAGUAUGCAAAAUAUCGAUGAAUUAGAGACAUUUUUAUUAAAACACGGCGAAAAUAUCGUAGACAUGCUUGGUGGAGAAAUUGAUAGAAUAGAAUUAAAACUAAAGAAAAGUCAUCCAGAAAUACGGCAUUGUGAUUUAGAAAUUCUAUGAAGACUUAUUGAUAUAGUUUUUCUUAGCUUAAAUCUAAAUAAAACUGGAUGUAAAUUAUUAUUUUAACAUAAGGAAUUAUUUUAAUAGAGUCGGGUAGGUGCUCCUGUCAUAGGAUACAAUCUGUGUUUUAUUUAGUAUUUAGUAGCACAGAGAGAAAAUCAAUUUUUGUAAAGAUUUUAUGUAUGUUUUGUACAUAAUACAGAUCUUGUAGAAGUUAUAUCAUUAAGUAUAAUAAAUCAUACUUCUUAAGCAUAUAUUGUUAAAAAUGUCUUAUG